UCCGUGUUUGAACAUCUCAGGCCUCAGCCUUCUCAAGGACUGGUGUCCAAUGUAUUUUGCUUUCCAAUUUCUUUUUUUCGGACGUUGAUUGAAAUUUGAAGAUCUUUAACCUAUUCUAUAGUUCCGGCGAAUGACGAUCAUUCAAAUUUUUAUGAUCUGUUUUUAAUUUAAAUAUUUAUAUUUGUCUCAUUUUAUUUUGAUCAAUACAAUACAUCACAAUGAAUUCUGGCAUCCCAAUUUUUCCAACUAUGAUCCCAAAUAUCGUUAAUCCAUUAUGGUUUAGUGUUGAUGAGCCUAAAAAUGAAGACACAGAACUUAUACGAAUAGAAAGUAUUCACCAAAACUGGUUACUUACAUUAACAAAUAAAAUCAAUGACAAGGACUUUCCAGUACCAAUUGGCAAAACGGCAACUGAAGUGCAAGAUGAGGAUGAUGAAGAAGAUGAAGAGGAAGAAGUCAAUGCUUCAGAUGAUAGUGAAACCCAUGAUGAGGAAGACGAUGAUGUUGAAAUGGAUGUUACAAAUACAUAUGAUCGAGAUUCACCCAUUUCUGUUUCUACAAGAUAAUUCCUAAUAUUAAUAACAGUAAAUAAUGGUCAUGGUUUUGGUUCAUGAUUUUCCCAAAUUGUACUCAUUUUCAAUAUUAUUUUCAUUAUAUUAUACAAAUAAAUAAAUAAGUUUUUACAUAAUUUAUA